AUGUCGCCAAUCAUCAACACACAGCGUACGCCCUUUCGUCCAUCAUUCGCUAGCCGCGUUCUCCAGGCUACCGCGCGAUGGUACAAUCCACCUGCACAGCAUAAGAAACGCGUUGUGAUUUUGGGUUCGGGAUGGGGGGGCUACAACGUCCUUAGAGGUCUUGACAGAGAACACUGGGAUGUGACGAUGAUAUCACCCAACACAUACUUCAAUUUCACGCCGCUUCUGGCAAGUACUGCUGUUGGGACUUUGGAACUUCGAUGCGCAGUCGAGCCAGUCAGACGAUACACUCCCAAGGCCACUUACUAUCAAGCAUGGUGUGAUGAAAUCGACUUCGCUCAGAAACGGCUAAAAUGCAUGCCGGCAACUCGACCGCCGGGAGCUGAACCUACAGAAAGUCAGGAUUCUGUCAAGCAUAACCCAGGACCCUCAUUCUCGCUCGAGUACGACAAACUGAUCAUAGCGGUGGGAGCUUAUUCUCAAACAUUUAACAUUCCUGGGGUUAAAGAACAUGCACACUUUUUAAAAGACGUCAAGGAUGCCCGCAAGAUUCGGAGUCGUAUUUUGGAGUGUUUUGAACAGGCUAAUCAACCUUUCCUGUCGGAAACUCAGCGACGCAAUUUGCUGAAUUUCUGCAUCGUCGGUGGUGGUCCAACUGGCAUUGAAUUUGCUGCGGAGUUGCGAGAUCUUCUCCACACAGACAUGAAAGCUAGAUAUCCCAACCUCGCUAGAUUUGCAAAGAUUACAGUUUACGAUGUCUCCCCCAACAUCCUUGGAUCGUUUGACCAGUCAUUAAGGAAAUACACAGAAGAGCACCUAUCUCAAGAGGGAAUAACUAUCUUGACUAAACAUCAUGUCGACCGAAUUGAAUCGGUAUUCCCCUUUGGCCUUCUUGUAUGGAGUACCGGACUGGCACCAAAUCCUGUGGUCAAAGCUGCCUCAGACGCUAAAAAGGAUCCAAAAACGCUAAGUUUAAUCACUGAUACUAAACUGAACGUCGUCAUGAAGGAUGGGACGCCCGACCCAGAUGUCUGGGCAAUCGGUGACGCUGCACGUAUAGAAGAUGUCGCAUUACCUGCCACCGCCCAAGUUGCUGCACAAAAGGCCAAAUAUGUCGUCAAAACAUUCAAGAGUCUGCAAAAAGAUAAAGAUUUCUCGAAACCUUUCCAGUUUAUCAACCAGGGAAGUUUGGCGUAUAUUGGAAACUGGAAAGCUAUAUAUGAUAGGCCAGCGGCAGAUGGCACACAUGGUGGAUUUAUGCAAAAGGAGACUGGGCGCUUGGCUUGGCUGCUAUGGCGGUCCGCCUAUUUCACAAUGACAUUAAGCUGGAGGAACAAAAUUUUAAUUCCCACCUACUGGUAUGUUGCAAUAUGGAUAUUUGGGCGUGACAUUACUCGAUUCUAA